GGCAAGAUGGUGAGCCCGACUUAUUUUCGACAAAUACUAAUAAUAACAGUAUGGGACGCAAUAUGCCUUCUUUGGACGUAUUAUGUCAGUCGACCUUCCAGGAAAGCAACAUUACAAGAGCAGAAGAAAUAUCUUGCAAAGAGUCUGGAACGCUUAGCCGAGAAGAUAGUAAAGAUGGAACCAAAUACAAUACACCGCCCUCGGAAAGUAAAUCUCACGUAUUCACAACGAAAGGGGAAAGUGAAGAGGUUCAUGUUCGGUGUGUCGAUUCGUUGCGGACCUUCACCACCGUCGGAAACAACACUAAAACAAAACAGAUCUGCAUUUGGUUCACAUAA